UAGGUAUCGAUUAAAUUUUUUUUAAGACGAGUAAAUAGAAAUUAGCAUUGUAGAUGUAUAUAUAAAUUAAAUUGUGAAAAUGGUUAAAUAACUACCGUAAGAAUAUUCAUAACGGAGUGAAAAAAUAUGUUUGUUUAGUGCGAGUAUUGCAAUGUUGUAAUCGUAUGAAGUGAUGGCGGCAGACACGGCAGUGGCGGUCAGUCCCGAGGAAACUCUUGAAUCUCUGCUGCGAGAAGCGGAGGCUCUAAAACAAAAGCUGGAAGAGGAGAGGCAAAAGCUCAACGAUGCCACACUAUCUUGUGUUGCCGAGAGGUUGGAGCCGAUACCAUAUCCUAACCUGAAGAUAAGACGGGUGCUGAAGGGUCAUCAAGCGAAGGUGUUGUGCUGUGACUGGUCUCCUGAUAAACGCCACAUUGUAUCUUCUUCACAGGAUGGAAAAGUUAUCAUAUGGGAUGCUUUUACUGCUACAAAGGAACUCACCAUCGCCAUGCCGAGCACCUGGGUCAUGGCAUGUGCUUAUGCACCGUCAGGGAACAUGGUAGCUGCAGGGGGGCUGGACAACAAGGUGAGCGUGUUCCCGCUGGGCGAGGAAGAGCCAGGCGCGCGCAAGCGCACCGUCGCCACGCACACCUCGUACAUGUCCUGCUGCCUGUUCCCCCAUACCGAUCGCCAGCUGCUCACCGCCAGCGGCGACGGAUCUUGCGCGCUGUGGGAUGUCGAGAGCGGCCAGUUGCUGCAGAGCUUCCAGGCGCACGCCGCCGACGUCAUGGCGCUCGACCUGGCGCCCAGCGACGCCGGCGACACCUUCGUGUCCGGCGGCUGCGACCGCGCCGUGCUCGUGUGGGACAUGCGCUCCGGCCACGCCGUGCAGGCCUUCGACGCGCACCAGUCCGACGUGAACAGCGUGCGCUUCCACCCGUCCGGCGACUCGCUGGCGUCUGGCUCCGACGACGCGCUGUGCCGGCUGUUCGACCUGCGCGCGGACCGCGAGGUGGCGCGCUACGGGCGCGAGGCCAUGCUGUUCGCGGUCAACUCGGUGGAGUGGUCGCUGAGCGGGCGGCUGCUGUUCGCCGGCUACAGCGACUACACGGCGUGCGCGUGGGACGCGCUUCGGGCGACGCGCGCCAGCGUGCUGGCCGGCCACGAGCACCGCGUGUCGCGCGUGCAGCUCGCGCCCGACGGCACGGCGCUGGCCACGGCCUCCUGGGACACCACCGUGCGCGUCUGGGCAUAGGUGUGACCCACUCGCGGGCCGACUGUAGUAUCGGUGCAAUAAAUCCUAUUUAUUCGUCAUAAUAAGGACUGUAUGUAUGUAAUAGCAGUAUUUUAAUUUUAUGUAAGUACAGAGUCAUAUAGCAGCCGUAGAGUUGAGUGUAAUGAAGAAAUGCAUAAUAUAAUAUCGAAGAGAUCCAGAUUCCUGAUUGAGGCGCGUGUUGAGAUAACACGAGUAAUGUUAUUGGUACUGCCAUUCCUAAUAUUUUUUUAAACUUUUUUAGAAUAAGUUGUUGUGCUGUUUUGAAAAAUUAGUUUAUAGACUUUAAAGUAUUACUAACCAUAAUAUACAUAGACGUGAUUACUACGAAUAAUAAAUAGUUUUUAUUA